ACCAUAGGAAAUGAAUGAUAUCGAUGACAUUCGUCCACAUUAAGAAACUCGGUCUCCCUUCACUGCAGCAUUACUUUUACACAAACUUCAUCACUUCUAGCCAGCAUUCAUCUCUCUCUUUAAGCGUUCCUUUCAGCUACUACCAAGAAAUGGCCGAAGCAAUCCUCUUUGGUCUUGCACAGAAAAUUAUUGAAAAUCUGGGCUCUCAGACUUUCCAAGAGAUUGGAUCACUCUGGGGUGUUAAAGAUGAGCUUGAAAAAAUCAAGAACACCGUUUCCACGGUCCAAGCUGUACUUCAGGAUGCAGCGGAGCAGCAAAGUCAUAACCAUCAAGUCAAGGACUGGCUCCAAAAGCUCAACGAUGCAGUUUAUGACGCAGAUGACUUGUUGAGUGAGUUUUCAACUGAAGCUACAAGGCGAAGCAUGGUGAGUGGGAAUAAAGUCACAAAAGAGGUACGCACUUUCUUUUCAAAGUCAAACCAACUAGCUUUUCGUGGUAAGAUGAGUCGUAAAAUAAAGGCAAUGAGGCAAAAGCUAAAUGCAAUAGCAGAAGAUAAGAACAAGUUUAACUUGGAAGUAGACAACGUAGAGAACAAUGCUAUGAGUAGGAAGAGGGAGACUCACUCUUUUGUUCCGGGAGAAGAUGUUAUUGGGAGGGAUGAGGACAAACAGAAGAUCAAAAACCUAUUAUUUGACUCUAAUGUAGAAGAGAAUGUUUCGGUCAUUCCCAUUGUGGGGAUCGGGGGCUUAGGGAAGACUACACUUGCUCAAUAUGUGUACAAUGAUGAGAAAGUUCAAAAAUACUUUGAGUUAAAAAUGUGGGCAUGCGUCUCUGAUGUUUUUGAUUUGAAAAUAAUUAUUGAAAAGAUAAUAGCUUCUACUUCUGAUAAUGCACUAGCUGGAAACCUUGUAAUAGAUCAGUUGCAAAGUCAACUUCGUAAAAAAAUUGAUGGAAAAAAAUACUUACUUGUAUUAGAUGAUAUAUGGAAUGAAGAUCCUGAAAACUGGCGUGAAUUGAAAAGUCUUUUAAUGGGUGGUUUCAAAGGCAGUAAGAUUAUAAUAACUAGUCGUCUUAGAUUGGUUGCAGAUAUUACAUGCAAAGUUCCACCAUAUUUUCUCAAUGGUCUGUCGCAAGAACAAUCUUGGGUUUUAUUUAGGCAAGUAGCAUUUAGAAAUGGGCAAGAGGCCAACAAUCCUAAACUCGUGACAAUUGGAAAGGAGAUUGUAAACAUGUGUCAAGGGGUACCACUUGCUAUAAAGUCCAUAGGAAAUCUGUUAUACUUCAAGGAAGAAGAGUCUGAAUGGUCAUUCGUGAAGGAUAAUAUAGAAGCAAAUGUAAUUCAAGAGAAUGGAAUUUUACCAAUUUUAAAGUUGAGUUAUGAUCAUCUCCCAUCACAUUUAAAGAGUUAUUUCACUUAUUGCUCUUUGUUUCCCAAAGAUUAUGAGAUGGAUAAGGAAACAGUAAUACAACUAUGGAUAGCACAAGGGUUUGUCCAAUCAUCAAUCAAAAACCAACAAUUAGAGGAUGUUGGUAAUGAGUAUUUCAAGGAUUUACUUUGGAGGUCAUUCUUUGAGGAAAUAAAUGUAUAUGGAGACCUAAAAUACAAGAUGCAUGAUUUAAUUCAUGACCUUGCAGAAGCUAUUGCAGGUGAGGAGUGCCGGCUCAUUAGUUUUGAUGGCAAAAAUAUAAAUGAAAAAAAUCGUCACGUAUCAUGUCCAUUAUCUAUUAACUCAUCUUUUACUGAAACUUUAAGGUUGUUGGUUAAAGCAGUAAAGGUACGUACAUUUCUUCUUACACAUAGGUGGUAUGAAUUGGUUGACUUGCCAGAUGUCUUGCUAGAUGAGUCAAUGCUGAAUACAAUUAUUUUGAGUUUCAAGAGCUUGCGUGCAUUAGAUUUACAUGCAUUGAAGAUUACAUCAAUACCAAAUUCUAUAGGGAAGUUAAUACAUCUAAAGUAUCUUGAUGUUUCUUUUAAUGAGGAUAUUGAAACUCUCCCUGACUCAAUUACUACAUUGUUGAAUUUGCAAGUACUAAAACUUUAUGGUUGUACAGGUCUUAAAGAAUUACCCAAAAAGUUUAGAGAAUUGGUUAACCUCAAACAUCUUUAUAAUCAUGGUUGUGAUAAUUUGAGUCAUAUGCCUCGUGGAUUAGGGCAAAUGACUUCACUUCAAACAUUACCAUUAUUCAUUGUGAGCACCUCCUCCCACAUUGGUGGAUUAUGCGAAUUGAAGAAGCUAAACCUGCGAGGAACAUUAGAGAUCUCACAUUUGGAACGGUUGAAAGAAGCUAACUCAGAAUCCAUUGUUGUGAAUUUAAGGGAGAAGCAACAUCUUGAAAAAUUGAUAUUAAAAUGGUAUCAUCAAGAUCAAGUAGAUAAUAAUGAAGAUGUGAAGUUAUUAGAAGACCCCCAACCACACAAAAAUCUCAAAUAUUUGGAAGUGUAUCAGUAUAAGGGUGUGAAAUUUUCAAGUUGGAUCUCUUCUCUCAUAAAUCUUGUUGAUUUAAGGAUAGAGAGUUGUAAGAGAUGCCGAUAUCUGCCACCAUUGUCUCAUCUCCUCUCUUUAAAAUCUCUAAGGCUUAUCACGAUGAAUGAUUUGGAGUAUAUAUCCGACAAUGAUAUGAGUAACGAGGUGCCUGCUUCAUCCACAACAUUAUCGACACCGUUCUUCCCAUCUCUAAAGUCACUCACAAUAAUUGAAUGUCCUAAUUUGAAGGGAUGGUGGGGGAGAACAGGGAGGGAUUUAGUUGCAACAACAUCUGCGUCAACACCAGAUCAUCAACAAGAUCAGUCUCACAACUCACUGCCUUUAUUUCCUCUUCUUUCUUCUUUGGGGAUUAGUAAUUGCCCUGAAAUGACUUCCAUGCCCCUGUUUCCCAAUCUCGAAGAAUCUCUAUAUUUAGAGAAUGUCAGUUCGAAGCCUUUGCAAGAGACAAUGUCAAUGACUUUUUUAGUUCCCUCUUCCUCCUCUUCAUUAUCCUCUUCUUCUCCUCUCUCCAAAUUAAAUAAAAUGACUUUGGAUUCUAUAGAAGAUAUAGAGUCUCUUCCGGCUGAGUGGGCACUAUAUUCUCUCAAGCAACUACGAAUUGGGAAUUGCCCUAGACUAACAAUUGUCAAUUGCGAGGAGUUCGAUCCAUUAAGAGACAUGCAUGAUGAUGGCAUGGAAUGGCGAUGGCUCAAUUGUCUCCGUCAUUUACGUUUCAAAGGCAUUCCGAAAAUGAAGUCUCUCCCUGUGGGUCUUCAAUGUAUUUCCACCCUAAAACAGCUCCGCAUUUCAAACUGUCCAAAUUUAAUGACUUUGCCGGAACUCACCUCACUUGAAUAUCUUGGGAUUUACAGAUGCGAGCCUAAUCUGACAUCACUUCUUGAGAUUAGUUGUCUCACUUCUUUACGGUGGCUGCGGAUUGAUGACUUUCCCAAUUUGAUUACUUUCCCCGAAUCAAUUAGGAAUCCAAUCUCGCUUGAAAAGCUUUCCAUUGUGGAAUGUCCCAAUCUCACAACACUACCUGAUGAUGGCUGUCUCAAGUCUUUACAAAAACUGGAAAUUCUUGCUUGUCCUCAGUUAACGGAAAAAUACAAAAAUAAAAUCGAUAAGGAUUUCCCUAAUUUGGAAAUCAGAUGGAAGUGGUGAGACCACAGCAGCAAACGGCUCUACUUCGUCUUCUGCAACGGCCACUCCCCUCUUUCACUUGAUUUAAUUGGAAGCACAGAACAAACGGAGGUGUAAGUAUCUGGGCAUGUUCAGAACCUUAGGAACAAGUGCAACGAGUCCAUGGCUUAGAGUAAAAUCUGGCACUUGUUAAAUUUGAUAACAUUCUGGUGAAUGAUCUUUAUUGACAACGACCCUCUAGGAAGCUGUUUUAUAUUCAGGCAGAAAUUGCUAGGGAAAUGGUCCAAGACUGCUCGCAUCCUAAAUUGAAUGUAUUUCAGAAGGAUAUUCUGGUCCAAUUUAACUACAGAAUAUGGAAAAGCUUGGAAUAUAUAUAAGAACAGAUUGGAGUUUGUGAUCUCCAAAGCAAGUCGUUGCUGCAAUUAUGUUUGCCUCUAAUGAAAAAAUCAAUGGUAAAUCUUAUUUUUUCCUUCAUUUAUAUUCUUAUUUUUGUAUGUUCUCAAACUUAUAUCUAGUAGUUUGGCUUGGAUAAAGAUCACAAGAAGGUGUUAACAGAAGAGUUGUUCCUUUUCAAGAAUGGCUUCAUUAUGUCCGUAGCUGAUUCCUUGGAUAUUUGACGAUUUCUUUGUGAAGCUAUUGAAAAUUUUAAACCUAAACAAGUUUAGUGAAUUUAUCAGUUAUUGAAAUCUGCAUGUAGGAACUUUGAAUUUGGAAACAAACAGUUUUUAGUGAAUUUACUGCAACUAGAAGAAGAUAAUAUGGUGCAUAUCUCACUCCUAUCUUAAUAUAUCUUAUUACAUAGAUUAGGUUACUUUGUUCUUUUGUUUUGAAUUUUUGGAAAAUUUAUUGAAAGAUGGUAGAAAUUUGGAAUUUUUGGAAAAUUUAGGUAAAAUAAUAUUCUUAAGAAAUUUGGAAUCUUGGAGUGAUUUCUAUAGCAUUCGCAAACAAUAUUCAGAAAAGGUCUUUGUUUGUAAAACUUGAGAUUAAAAACUAUAGUUUCUUUGGUCUCCUUAGGAUUCUGUCUUAUGUCCUAGAUUUUGAUUUAAGAUGGCAAAUCUUUUUGUAAUAUCGUUUAAAGUUUUUUUUUUUUUUUUUUUCCCUCCUUUAGAGAAAUGAAAAAUGUCUCUCAAGUGUUAUUUGCUUUCCAUUAUUCAUGGUUUAAGAGGAAGUGGUAUGCCAAUUGCUUGUUGCAUGCUACUUGAUUUUACAGCAUCUUUAAUGUUUGUUUGGGUCCUUUAGGAUUUUAAGGAUCACAUGCUUGAAAAAGCCUCUUUUGAAUACCAAUAUUACUUACAUCAACAUAUGCCUGAUUAUCUUUCUAGUUUCUUCUAACAUGGUAAUUUAUCUCAGAGGUUCACUAGGUUUUGGUGAAGAAGCAUUACAAUCUCUUCCAGGGAAAGUUGGGCAAUAGGUACUUAUUAUGUAUCUAGUUUUGUUACACCUGCUAUGGUCAUUUUUUUCUUCUUAAUUUAAAAAAUGUUAUUUGAAUUCUUGCAUUGCGAUACUAGUUGGGAAUCUCAUAUAAACCCUGUUUUCUUUAUUCUAUGUUAUGCACAGGAUGUAAAUGAUCUACUCAUAGCUAUAGAUCAUGUCAUUGACAAGGGACUCGCUGACAACCCACUUGAUUGGUCAGGCACCAGAAAAGUUUGUUGUUGCUGCUCUGAGGAAUCCUGUUUGUAAUUUUGCAUUGAUGGUUGCAUUUGGAUGAACUGUAGCUUGGUGUUAGCAACAAGAUUACUACCUAUCUUCAGAUAAAGUAAAAUUUCAGGGUGGCCAGUUCUUGGACUUUUCAGCCACCCUCGGUGAAAACCUAAGCUAACUUUUAUCCUAGUGUAAUUUUUUCAAUAACAAAACAAACUUGUGAUGAUUUUUUUUUUUCUUUUUUUCUAAUGUGUUUCAAAUUGUAACUCUAUUACCUAUAUAGUAUAUACAUAACAGUACUUUAAUUACAAGAACUAUCAUGAGAAAUAUUUUAUAGGGAUAAGCAUCUAGCAAAUGCCAAUUACCUAGAAGAAUCAGAUAAUCUGAAGAAAUUUCUUUGGUAAUCUGAUGAUGGGAUUUUUUGCUUGGAUAGUUUCAGGAUUUGAGAAGCUGAUGUAGCUAAGUUCUUGAGGCUGGAGAUGGAGUAUUUGAGGUACGUCCUACCUUGGCCGACACUCAUCUAGGAGGUGAUGAUUUCAACAAGGCAAGCUCUACAACGUCUCAUGGAGACUGCUGAGAAAGCAAAGAUGGAGCUGUCAUCUCUGACUCAAACCAAUAAUAUUAGUUUACCUUUCAUUAUCGCCAUUCGGAUGGCCCAAAACACAUUGACACCAUGCUGACUAGUGUCAAAUUUGAAGAACUGUGUUCAGAUUUGUUAGACAGUCUAAUUGCGUGCUUAAGUUCUCUGGAUUACAACUCAUAAGCUUUAAGCACCAGUUGAAACUUCCUUGAGAGAUGCAAAGCUUUCCAAAGAUAUGGAUGUAAUUCAACUUGUAUCCCAGCUGUUUAGGAGCUGAAAAAUAUGGAUGAAGUUUUUGUUCUUGGGGCUGUAGUUCAGAAGGACUUGAAACUUUGGGUGGUGUCAACUUCACCAACUUCCAAAUCAGAGGUGUUCUCCACCGCAGCAGAUGGACAGACCAGUGAAGAGAUUAAUGUCUAUCAGGGUGAGAGAGAGUUUGUGAGGGACAACCAGUGCUAGCACCAUGCCAAGUGAUGGGGUGGAUAGGAUGGUUAAAGAAGCUGAAAAUUUUGCAAAAGGAAGACAAGGAAAAGAGGGAUGCCAUAGACACAAGGAAUCUAGCUGACUCAGUUUUGUACCAAACUAGAAGCAACUAAAAGAGCUGGGAGACAAUGUUCUUAGCUAGACAAGGAGAAUGUAGAGGCUAAAGUGAAUGAGGUCAUGGAUGCCAUCUUUGGUGGUUCUACCCAAGCCAUUAAAGAUGCAAUGGCUGUCCUGAAUCAAGAAAUUAUGUAACUGCGGUAGUCAAUGUUAAUGUGAAUUUGAAUUGGUUCAGAACCUUAGGAACAAGUACAACGAGUCCAUGGCUUAGGGUAAUAUCAAUAACAUUCUGGUGACAACUACCCUCUAGGAAGCUGUUUUAUAUUCAGGCAGAAAUUGCUGGGGAAUGGUCCAAGACUGCUCGCAUCCUAAAUUGAAUGUAUUUCAGAAGGAUAUACUUUAGAAUGUGGAAAAGCUGGGAAUAUAAAAACAGACCAAAGUUUGUGAUCUCCAAAGGGAGUUAAUACUACAAUUAUGUAAGACUUGAAUGAAAAAAAUCAGUGUUUGGCAUGGAUAAAGAUCACAACAAGGUGUCAACAGAAGAGUUGUUCCUUUUCAAGAAUGGCUUCAUUAUGUGCACAGCUAAUUUCUUAGUGAAGCUAUUGAAAAAUCUCAAACCUAAACAGGUUUAGUGAAUUCAUCAGUUAUUGAAUUCUGAAUGUGGGAGCUUCGAAUUUGGAAACAGAGAGUUUUUUGUGAAUUUACUGCAACUACAAGAAGAUAAACUGCUGUUGAAUUGGAUGAAGACUGUAGCUUGGUGUUAGCAACAAUAUUACCACCUAUCUUUAGUUAAAGUUCAAUUUCAGGGAGACUUGCUCUUGGACUUUUCAGCAACACUCUGUGAAACCUAAAGCUUAUUGCGAACUUUUUUUUUUUUAAUCAUAAUGUAGUUGUUUCAAUAACAAACAAACUCAUUGUCAUUUUCUUUUCUUCUUUUUUUGCUAAUCAAAUUGUAACUCUUUCACCUAUAGACAUAACAGUACUAUUAUGCAUCCAUUUGAACUUAGUUACAAGAACUAUCAUGAGAAAUAUUUUAUAGGAAUUAAGCAUCGAGCAAAUGACGAUUAUCUGAAGAAUUUGAAUCUUCUGUGGAAAUAUGAUGAUGGGAUGUAUUGUUCGGAUUCUUUCAGAAUUUGAGGAGCUGAUGUAGGAUUUUACUAUGCAAUUCUUGGGGUUGGAGUGGAGGGUUUAGGAUAUUUUCUACCUUGGGUGACACUCAUCCAAUAAGCAAUGGUUUUGACAAUGUUGGAACAGGAGAAACUGAAAAUAGUUGAUUGGCUUGCUGAAAACCGUAAGAAAGAUGAAGGCACAGAUCUUCUAAAAGACAAGCAAGCAUUUACCAUGAUGAAGCAGUCAUCUAUGACUUAGACUAAUAUUAGGGGUCGAAUUUCCAGAAUUGGGUUCAGAAUUGCUGGACAGGCUUUUAUCACUUGUUGAAAUUGCCUUGAGAGAUACAAAGCUUUCCUUCAAAGAUAUAGAUAAAGUAAUCUCGUUGAUGGUUUAACUCCCAUCCCAACCGUUUAGGAGCAUGAGGAAAUGACUGGAAAAGAGCCAAAUGUGACUGUAAAUCCUUAUGAAGUUGUUGCUCUUGGAGCUAUAGUUCAGGACUUGAAAUUUUAGGUGGUGUGAUGACAGAUUAUCUAAAGGAACCCAACCUUACCAAUUUCCAAAUUAGGGUUGUUUUCUUUUCCACUGCAGUAGAUGAAUAUAAACCAGUAUCAAGGUGAGAGAGUUUGUGAGGGACAACAAAUCUCUUGGAAUCUUUUUCUUAGAUAGCAUCCCACAUGUGCCACAUGGAGUUCCUCAAAUUGUGGUGAAAUUUGGUAUUGAUGCGAUGGUAUCCUUUCGGUCACUGUAGUUGACAAGGGAAUUGGAAAGAAGCCGGAUAUCGCCAUAACUGGUGUUAGCACCUUGUAAAGUGAUGCGUUCUUGAGGUUGGAGACUCAUCCAAGAAGCAAUGGCUUUGACAAGGUUGGAACAAGAGAAACUGGAAUAGUUGAUUGGCUUGCUGAAAACUAUAAGAAAGAAGAAGGCACAGAUAUUCUGAAAGACAAGCAAGCAUUUACCAUGAUGAAGCCUUCAUCUUUGACUUAGACUAAUAUUACAUAUGUCGCUAUUUCUAUGCCUUAUUUAAGUUGAUCUCUCUAUUUUCCAUAUCAUAUAGAAAAACCAUUUACUUUUCCAGUUUACCUUUCAUUAUCGUUGCUGUUGCGGAUGGCCCAAAACACAUUGACACCACACUGACAGGGGUCAAAUUUGCAGAACUGUGUUCAGAUUUGCUAGACAGCCAUUUAGGAGCAUGAGGAAAUGACUGGAAAAGAGACCAAUGUGACUGUAAAUCCUUAUGAAGUUGUUGGUCUUGAAGCUAUACUUCAGGACUUAAAACUUUCAGUGGCGUACUGACAAAGAUUAUCUGAAGGAUCACAACUUUACCGAUUUCCAAAUCAUGGUUGUUUUCUUUUCCACUGCUGCAAAUGGAUGGACCAGUGUAGAGAUUAACCUCUAUCAAGGUGAGAGAGUUUGUGAGGGACAACAAAUCUCUUGGAAGCUUUCACUUAGAUGUCAUCCCACAUGUGCCACAUGGAGUUCCUCAAAUUGAGGUGAAAUGUGAUAUUGAUGCCAAUGGUAUCCUUUCAGUCACUUCAAUUGACAAGGAAAUUGGAAAGAAGCAAGAUAUUGCCAUAACUGGUGCUAGCACCUUGCCAAGUGAUAAGGAUGGUUAGAGAAGCUAAAAAGUUUGGUAAGGAAGACAUGGAAAAGAGGGAUGCCAUAGACACAAAGAACCAAGCUAACUCAAUUUUGUACCAAAUUGAGAUGGAACUUAAAGAGUAGGGAGACAAAAGUUCCUGAACCAAUCAAGGAGAAAGUAAAAGCUAAAGUGGAAGACCUCAAGGAUGCCAUCUCUGGUGGAUUAGCCCAAGCCAUUAAAGCUGCAAUGGUUGACCUAAAUCAAGAAAUUAUGUAACUGGAGCUGUCAACAUGACGUGACUUUGAAUUGGAUUCCUAUUAAAAGUCUAUUAACUUUUCCGGAUUAUCUUCUUCAGUUCUUUGCAUGCACUACAACAAUUGUCUAUCCUAAAUUUUAGGACUGCAGCUUUGUUGCUGUUGUAUUUGUAGUAUGACAAUAUCUCUUUUAUAUUGAGUAAUUUGGGUGUAUUGGGGUUUGGAUUUUGUGAGAAUUCUGUCAUACCACCUUUGUAUUUUCCAUAUUUGUUAGUGGAACUUUCUCCUUGUCUUCGCCUGUGGAUGUAGGCCAAAGGCCAAGCCACGUAAA